GGUAAUAGUGAAUAGCAUCUCUCUACUCUAGUACAUUGUCAUUAUAGAUAUAUUGGAUAAGACUAAGCUAUUGUUUUUUUAUUUUCCAAGAAAAAGGUAUGUUAAAGAAAGAAGUCUUUUGUUCCUAAUAUAAUAAGAUUUUCGUUCCUGAAAGUUUUCGAACAAGAGAUCCCGUGUUAUUUGGUGGAAACAAGUACAUAUAUGUAGACAUUUUAUGACUAUGCAAUAUGACCAUUAAGAACUUAAAAGCAAAAUUUACUAAAGGAUUGUAGAGAGAUUGGAUUAUACCUUUUGCUCCUAUAUCGAUGGUUGAUAGCUAGCCAACUUUCUAAUUUUGCAUAUUUUUUGAUGAUAACAAGAAUUCGUUAAAGAUUGGGAUUUUACCAGUUGUUUAAAUAUAAUACAUAACGAAUAUGGUUAAAAAAAGGGAAAUUCCAUCAGUGAUAAGGCAUAUUUUAGAUAUUGACACUCAAUUAUCAAAAACUUUUGUAAAAUGGGCAGAAAAUUUAGCAUUUACACCACAGAUAAUGAGAUAUUGCACUGCAUUAGAGUUAUCAUGCCAUGGAAUAACUUGGUUUAUAUCAUUAAUUGCAUUUAUUUGGAUUCUUGAUAAUAAGAGUCUGUACCAAAUGCAAGUUAAUUUAUUAAUUGCUCUACUACUAGAUAUUAUUGUUAUUGCUGUAUUGAAAGCAAUGACAAGAAGAAGAAGACCAACAAUUAAUAAGGAUCCUACAUCAAUAGGACCUGAUAAGUACUCAUUUCCAUCAGGUCAUUGUUCACGUUCAAUGCUUAUUUUUUAUUUCUUUAAAUAUUUGUAUCCCAUAUCUAGUAUCUUCCUUACAUUAAUGCUAAUAUGGGUAUUUGCUGUAGGAAUAUCUAGGGUGUUAAUGAAAAAGCAUUAUAUUCUUGAUGUUAGUGCAGGGCUAUUUGUAGGCUAUGUUGAAGGAAUGCUUAUGAGUCUUUUAUAUUUAGAUGAAAAAACUUGUUUUUAUUUAAUAGAUUGGAUAAGUGAUGAGAAAAUUCCUGGUGCAGAAUAUGGUGUUUAAAAUUAUAAAUAUGAUAUUUGUUGAAUUAAUUUUUCGGC